UUGUAAAGCACACGCGGCUUCUAAUUUGUUGCUUUGGGAGUGGUUUUUUUGUUUGUCAAUUAUUCAUCUUUAUUUACCGCAUUUGUUAUCUGCGGCUGCUGUUUAUCCACGCCACUGCGACUGAGAUUGGAUAACGGACCACAAUGAAAUCCUGGGAGAUUGCCGUGCUGGCGCUAGCAGCUGUUUAUCUGUGCACGCAAGUGAGCUUUGUGUCUGGCCUGGAGUGUUAUGUGUGCUCCAACCAGACGGGCAAUACGGAAAAGUGCCUCAACACGAUCAAGACCUGCGAACCCUUUGAGAAUGUUUGUGGCACGGAGAUUCGCUGGGGCAGCCAGCCCUACUUCUCGGAGGGCGCCCUGAAGCAAUAUUACGUGUCGAAGCGCUGCAUGACCAAGGAGCAGUGUCAGUCCAAGCGCAAGCGCUAUAUGCAGCUGUACUGCACGCACAUCUGGUACGAGGAUUGGGCGUGCAAUGAGUGCUGCCCGGGCGAUCGCUGCAACUAUUUUGUGAUUAGUGGCGCUCCAGCUGUACAACGACAAACCCUAGGAUUAACACUGCUAAUGACGCUGCUGGGCCUGGGCUCUUGGCUCAUUUCGCGCUCUUAGCUAACAACAAGGAAACUCUUAUACAAAUCGCAUUCCAAUUGUUCCAACCUACUUCAGGUAGAACUGUAAACGUUUGCCGUCCAUUUAUUUAGUAGAUUUGUAAAAGUGCCUUUGACUCAACAAGAGGGAAACGAUUUCCCCAACGUAUAUUUUACACAUUUUAUAGAAAACUCCCAAAGGAUUGGUUCAAGAUUUGUUCAGUAUAAACAAGACAAGAUUUUGAUUUAGGAACAGCGCCCUGGCACUGUUAAAGCAUUCCAUAAAGUUCAAACGAAGCUAAACUCGAAUAGAUUCUUAUUAAACCUUACUUUAACCA